AUGCUCGAAACAAAGAUGAGUUCACAUCUUUCUGGAGGCAGGCUAAACGUAGCUUUAGUCCAGGAGACAAUGAGAACGGAACUAUUGAACUUAUUAGAACUCUAUAAAGGUCCGAAGGUAACUAUUUGGGAUGAAUGGCUAGCAGGCCCUGUAGGCUUGGUAGCUCAAUAUGCUCUUCUUCAAGAACACGAAGUGACAGAUAUGUUCCCAUUAAAACCGGGUAGCUUACCAAACAUAUCAGUUAAACAUAUUGUGUUUAUUGCAAGGCCUAAUCUGAAGUUGAUGGAUUUAGUUGCUGACUACGUUCAAUCUUUGCGAACCAAGCAGACCAUUCCAGUAGAAUUCCACUUAAUCUUUGUUCCAAGGAAGAGUGAACUGUGUAUUAAACAUUUAACGAACAUAGGAGUGAUGGCUAAUUUAUCCAUUCAAGAGUUCAAGUGUGAUGUCUUCCCCUUUGAGAGUGACGUCAUGUCUUUGGAGCUGCAAAAUGAUUUUAGAGAGAACUAUUUAGAAGGAGACCCAACAUGCGUGUAUAAUGCUGCUCAGGCACUAAGGUCUAUCCAACAAUUAUAUGGUAUAAUACCUCGAGUGUUUGGUAAAGGUGUUGCAGCUAAACAAGUUUGGGACUUACUCUGCCGUUUAAACAAAGAAGAACAGGGGUCAGGACCUAAAGGUUCCCCUACUUCCUGCAUUGACCAGCUACUGCUUCUGGACAGAGCCAUUGACUUCACCAGUGUCAUGUCAACCCAACUCACAUAUGAGGGUCUGAUUGAUGAAAUCUAUGGUAUAAAGAGCUCAACAGCCACUUUUCCUGGACACAAGUUUGUGAGCGCAGAAGACACCAAUCCUGAUGUUACAGCCAUAGAGAAGAAACGGAUCAUUCUAAACUCCAGUGAAAAAAUGUUCGCUGAGAUCAGGGACUGCAGCUUCACAGCAGCAGGAACAGCAUUAUCAAAAAAAGCUCGUAUCAUUAAGACCCAAUUAGAUGAAUGGCACAAAGACAAAUCAGUGCAAGAAAUCAAACAGUUUGUAUCACUCUUACCACAGAUGUUGGCUAACAAGCAGUCACUAGCUACUCACACUGCCAUCGCAGAAUAUAUCAAAGAGACCACAGAUAGUUUUGACUUUCAGGACAUGGUGCAUUGUGAGGAAGACUUCUUGAAUUGUAUUGAAAAUGAGAAGGUGUGUCCUUACAUAGAAGAUCUCAUUGCUCAGAAGGAACCACUCACUAAGGUACUCCGAUUAAUUUGUUUGCAGUGUGUGACCAGUUCAGGUCUUAAACCCAAAGUUCUAGAAUAUUACAAACGCGAAUUGGUCCAAGUAUAUGGACUAAAUACUUGGCUAACUCUAUGUAAUCUAGAGAAAUGUGGCUUAUUGAGAACUCAACAAGGAACUAGGCAGUAUGCUGUACUUAGAAAAGCUCUGCAUCUUACAAUGGAUGAAUCAGAUAUGAAUACAACAGAAAACAGCUAUCUCAGUAGCAAGUACACUCCAUUGACUGUCCGAUUGAGUGAUCAUAUUGCUAAGAAUAAAGGUUGGACAGGUAUUCAAGAUGUUCUAGGAACACUUCCAGGGCCAACACUUGAUGUUCUACAAACACUUCAACCACGCAUGGUGAAUUCCAUAUCCAACGACAACUCUCCUUCCAUGGAAAAUCCCCGUGUCAUCCUUGUAUUCUUCAUAGGGGGUUGCACUUACCAAGAAAUAUCAGCAUUGAGGAUUCUUAGUCAACAGGAGGAUUCAAAUGUAGAAUUUGUUGUAUUGACAACUAAACUUAUCAAUGGAACAACUUUCCUUGAAUCCUUGAUGGAAAAUGAAUAG